AAAGACCCCUGAAGGCCCCGACCUCACCCAGUCUCAAUCUCGCUUAUCUACCAAAAAAGUCUCAGGCGCAGUUUGCGGACUCGAUUUGUCCUCUCCCACCCGCAGUUAAAGACCAAUUUCCAGAACAAUAACCGUAUAACAAUUUCCGCCCAAGUUCAAACCCCAGGAUGACAACUUCAACACAAAGUCCGGAGGUUAAUUCUCGUAAGAAGGAUGCCUUGGAAAUGACUAUAGCGGAUCGCCUCAACAAGGCUAGGUCGUUUGCGAAGACCUAUGGCAACAUGACUUCAGGAAUCGUAGAGUUUAUUGAAUUCUUGGUCUGCUCUGGUCGGCUCGCUGAACAAGGUGGCUCGCAGUGGUGGCGCGGCGUGAACGGCUUACUGAUCCUGGAUCUCAUCGACGCGGAAGAAGCCCUGCGCUCGUCAACCCGGACCGUCUCUUCUAUUUCGCCCGCGGUCCAACAUUGGAUAAAUUACUCCCUCUAUUGGCAACAGACAUCCUCUCGGAAACUCUUCAAAGCGCAACAGCUAUGGUGGAAAGCACAUCAAACCUCACUCCAUUACGGCAUUCGUGCAUUUCCAGAGUUCUUGAUUCUCGAACCCCGGAUGGAAAUCAAUUUCAUUACCUACGUCUGUGUCCCUAACGUCGACCUGACAGCACUUAUAAAUAUUCCAACCAAUCUCAAGUUAAUCAAGUUAUACACAAUCAUAGCUUAUCCUCAUCACUACCCAGCGAAAAUCAUCUCAUUCCUCAAAGCUUUGAUCCUAGCUCCAUCUCCUUAUGCGCGGAUCGUCGGCGUGGCAAACAUUGGAUUAGAUUCUACACGCUGGGAAACUUAAUGUCGACUAGAUGAUCAUUUUGGAGAUUUCUAUUUUUCCAUCUCAACGCCUCAACUCAUAAUAAUUUCCUUGAUGUGAAUUCGACUUUUUUGAUAUCCGUGGUGAUGAAUACCUUAAUGUCAGAUGCCGGAUCUUGAAUUAGAAACUUCUCUUUGCGACAAA